AUGUCUUUCGUUCUAACCUUCGUCAUUGCCGGUUUUAACUGGUAUGGAAAUCAUAUUUUAGUUCGAGCAAGUCAACACUUGGCCAAGAAAUCAGAACGUUCGGCGUUAGAUUAUGGCCAUUUUGCGAAAAAAGUGUGUGACUACAGUGAUAUUCGUUUUCUCAGGAAUAACAGUAAAGCCGUAAUGUAUGUUGUUAACGUGACGAUCCUAUUCUAUCAACUUGGGAUGUGCAGUGUCGCUAUUCUCUUCAUCUCAGACAAUAUGGUGAAUCUUCUGGGUGAUUAUGCUGGAGGCGAUAAACGGUCAAAGAUGAUUUUAAUGGCCUCGAUUGCUUUGGUGUUUAUUAUGGCAACGAAUAUGUUUACACAGAUGCGUAUCGUGUCCGCCUUAGCAUUAGUGUCAUCGGUGUUUUUUAUUAUCGGUACAGCAGUUAUUAUGCAGUACAUCGUAAGACAGCCAAAUCAAUGGCGAACUCUACCAGGUUCAACUGAUUUCCCUGGGACAAUAAUGAUGAUUGGUAUGAGCAUGUAUUCAUUUGAGGGACAAACCAUGAUUCUUCCUGUCGAAAACAAACUGGAAUCGCCAGAAAUGUUUUUGGCUCCAAAUGGUGUAUUACCAACGACAAUGAUUAUAUGUACAAGCUUCAUGACCGCCCUAGGAUUCUAUGGUUACACUGCUUUUGGUGACAGUGUUGCACCUACGAUCACUACGAACGUCCCGAAAGAAGGGUUGUAUUCAACGAUUAACGUAUUUCUUAUGCUGCAAUCAAUGCUAGGACAUUCCAUAGCUAUGUAUGUUGUGUUUGACAUGUUCUUCAAUGGAUAUCGUCGGAAAUUUUCUGCUCGAUUUCCGAACUGUCCGAAGUUUUUAGUGGACAAGGGUUUUCGAUUUUUUUGGGUUAUGCUGACAUUUUUGAUGGCUGUAUUGAUUCCGCGACUCGAGAUCAUGAUCCCAUUAGUGGGAGUGACCAGUGGCACUCUUUGUGCCCUCGUCUAUCCACCAUUAUUUGAAAUGAUAACAUUUUGGACGGAUUGGAAGGGCUUACUGAGUUACCGAGAACGAAUGUGCAAGAUCAUAUUGAAUUGUUUCGUUAUCGUUGUUGGAUUUUUCGCAAUAUCCGCUGGCUUGUACGCUAAUGGAUUAGCAAUCUAUUACUCAUUUUCAGGAGAGAAGUUCUAG